GAAGCUCUAAAAGCCCUCUAAUGGAGGACAAGAAAGCAAACAUAUUCGCUACUAUAUUAAUCUUAGCCCUUCUCGUAGUGAUAAUCGCCGCCCGAGUUUCUCUAAAACUCUCCAAAACAUUCUAUCUCAUCGCCGGCGUCGACAUUUCAUUGAUCCUCGCCGUGAUCUGUUUCCUUAUAAUCCGUAGCCGUUACAACAAAGAAAGAAAGCUCUUGGUAUCAAGAUUUGUCUCCGAAGGCAGAGAGCUCCGAAUCGAGUACAGUUUCUUGAGAAAAGUCGCCGGAGUUCCAACGAAAUUCAAGCUCGAAGAUCUUGAAGAAGCCACCGAUGGAUUCAGAUCUUUGAUCGGAAAAGGCGGUUCUGGGAGAGUUCCGGUGAAGGAGCCGCCGGAUUCAGAUGUUGUUGUGGUAGAUCUUUUGGCUGCUGAUGAUGAUGAUGCAAGUACCGUUGGUUCAGGCAGAAAUUUAAGAAGAGCUGUAGAGUUUGGGAAAACUCAUGUUGUUAGGCCUAAAGGGAAACAUCAAGCAACUAUUGUCUGGCUACAUGGGCUUGGGGACAAUGGCUCGAGCUGGUCCCAGCUUUUGGAGACCCUUCCCCUUCCAAAUAUCAAAUGGAUAUGCCCGACUGCUCCUUCUCAGCCAAUAAGUUUGUUUGGUGGUUUUCCCUCCACAGCUUGGUUUGAUGUUGUGGACAUCAAUGAAAAUGGACCUGAUGAUAUGGAAGGAUUGGAUGUGGCUGCUGCACAUGUUGCAAAUCUGUUGUCGAAUGAGCCUGCUGACAUUAAAUUAGGUGUUGGAGGGUUCAGCAUGGGUGCGGCGACAUCUCUGUAUUCUGCAACUUGUUUUGCUCUCGGUAAAUAUGGAAAUGGCAAUCCGUAUCCUAUCAACUUAAGCACAAUCAUAGGCUUAAGCGGCUGGCUUCCUUGUGCAAAGACAUUGGCUGGCAAACUAGAAGAGGAACAGAUCAAGAACCGAGCUGCAUCGUUGCCCAUUAUAGUCUGUCAUGGAAAAGCUGAUGAUGUGGUACCAUUCAAGUUUGGGGAGAAAUCUUCACAAGCCUUGCUUUCAAAUGGGUUUAAGAAGGUGACCUUUAAACCUUACAGUGCACUUGGUCACUACACAAUCCCACAGGAGAUGGAUGAGUUGUGCGCGUGGUUGACAUCCACCCUCGGCCUCGAAGGCAAUCCCUUGAAGUCCAAAACUCCGAAAUCUACCGAUCCUUUCUCACCCACCUCCGCUUUCGAAUCCCUGAAAACCCUUAUUCCAGUGAUCCCAAAUCACUCCACACCUUCCCCUGAUUUUAAAGUCCUCCCCUUUAGCAAAGGCCGUCCACUGGUCUUCUCGAGCGGUGGAGAUGCUAAUACGACGCCGGUUUGGCAUCUGGGUUGGGUCAGCUUGGCUGAUUGUAAGGUUUUGUUAGCGAGUUGUGGGGUUGAUCUGAAAGAGGACUCGCUUGUGUAUUUAGGACCCAAGGUGGAAGAAGAUUUGGUGUAUUGGGCUGUUGAUUUGGCAGAGGAUGGUUUCGUUUCUGAAUUGGGAGGUAGGAAGUUGUGUUUUGUCGAGCUUCGAACCCUAAUGGUAGCUGCUGAUUGGGCGGAUCAACGUGCUAUGGAUGAAUUGGCUAUUGCCGGCAAUGCCAGGGCAUUGCUUGAAUGGCACAACGUGUCACAAUUUUGUGGAUCUUGUGGAGGUAAAACUGUUCCAAAGGAAGCAGGAAGGAGAAAACAAUGCUCAAACGAAACAUGCAGAAAGAGGGUCUAUCCCCGUGUUGACCCGGUGGUUAUUAUGUUAGUUAUUGAUCGAGAAAAUGAUCGCGCACUUUUAAGCAGGCAAUCUAGAUAUGUACCGAGAAUGUGGAGUUGUUUAGCUGGAUUUAUUGAGCCAGGGGAAAGCUUAGAAGAGGCUGUGAGGCGAGAAACAUGGGAAGAGACAGGCAUUGAAGUAGGAGAAGUUGUCUAUCACAGCUCUCAGCCUUGGCCUGUGGGACCAAGUAGCAUGCCAUGCCAAUUGAUGCUGGGGUUCUUUGCUUUCGCCAAGACGCUUGACAUAAACGUAGACAAAGAAGAGUUAGAAGAUGCUCAAUGGCACAGUAGAGAAGAGGUGAAGAAAGCACUGGCGGUUGCAGAAUACAGGAAGGCGCAAAGAACAGCGGCUGCAAAGGUAGAGCAGAUCUGUAAAGGUGUGGAGAGAAGCCAGAGUCUAUCAACUGACUUCAAUCUGGAAAGCGGUGAGCUUGCUCCUAUGUUUAUCCCAGGGCCAUUUGCCAUUGCGCACCACCUGAUCUCAGCAUGGGUAGAUCAAGCUCCUGGCGAUGUUCACUCAAAACAACAAGCCGGUGUCUCUCUCUCAAGUUUGUAGCUAGAAAGAUGAGUUUGAUGCUUAUUAGAAACCAAACGUUUGCUAUGGUUUUGAUACUUAUUUUGAAUUGACGAGUCCUUAGUGUAUGGACUUCGCUCUGAAGUUAUUUCUUGCAACAACUUAUAUCAAUAAAAAUCCAAAGAUUUACCUCAAUAAAUUAUGGUUUUAAAA